GCAUGGUCGCACUUAAAUAUGGUAUUUUUUGUAUAUUUUUUUUUGUAAGCCGGGUGGUAUUUCAUAACGGCCAAGUCGCAACCACACUGAAUACAGAAUAUUUGUAAAAAUUUUUUUAAAACAAUUUUAAAUGAUCCUGCUGAGUACUGCGGGGAAAAUUGGGCACAGCCAGCAGAAACAAUCACGUGCAGGUUCCACUGAACGUGCCUAGAGAUGUCCAGUUCGAACGGUGGCGCAGCAUCGGGGGGCGGAGGCAGUGGAGGCGUCGCUUCCCCUGGCGAUUGGAUUUGCCCUGAUUUCGACUGUCGACAUCUAAAUUUUGCCCGCCGGUCGCAGUGCAACAAAUGCGACCGCGACCGUGAUAGCAGUGAUAAGCCAGAGCGGGAACGUGAUCGGGAGCGCGGCAACGGAAGCAGCAGCAGCAGUAGCAGCUCCAGCAAGAAGAAGCUAGGAACCGAAAUUGGUAAGGCGGCUGCGGACAAGUCCCGGGGCCUGUUUAGCGCCGAAGAUUGGCAGUGCAGCAAGUGUGCCAAUGUGAACUGGGCCCGCCGGCAAACCUGCAAUAUGUGCAAUGCGCCCAAGUUCUCGGAUGUAGAGGAGCGCACUGGCUUCGGUGGAGGAUACAACGAUCGUGGCGUAGUGGAAUAUAAGGAUCGGCAGGAUUCGGACAGCGAGUACGAUGAGUUUGGGCGGCGCAAGAAGCGGAAGCACGGUGAGCAUCGUGAGGACUCCAAGCGAGCAAGAAAGGCCAGCCGCGAUGAGCCGGUGCUGGAAGAGGAGGAUGACGACGAGGAUGAUGAGGGCGAUUUGUCCAAGUACGAUCUUUGGGGAGACGAUGACGACGACAAGGUUACAUCGUCGGAUGUCAAGAGCAAGGAGCCCGCGGGCAGUGGCGACAAGGGAACGACCAAGGAGCGUAAACGGGUCUCUCGCGACUCCACAUCUUCCGUGUCCUCCUCUUCGUCGUCGUCUAGUUCGUCUAGCUCCAGUGACUCGUCGUCGAGCAGCUCGAGUAGCGGCUCCAGCCGGGGAAGGCGCUAGCCCUCAUCUUUACCCUUUAGGAACUUCAUUUUAAUUGCAUCUGUUUUUACACAUUUCUACACGGCAAUGCCACUCAUUGCACGUUUAUUUAUUCGCCAUUAUUCGCUGCUCUGGAACAUGCUAUGCGGUACUAUGUCCAGUCUCUACACUAAAAGUAUAAUAAAAGGUAUAAUUUAAGAA